CCUGAAUGAAAUUAGCGACAAAGUUGAUCCUGGCCUGCGAACGACCUUUUCACAGAUAUCAGAUUUUCUCAAAUCUCAAUGAACUCAUGGAUUUUGAAACAGUCAUGGAGGAUUUUGUCGGUGUAGAAGUUCGAGAUGCAAAUGGAGCUUUUUACAAGGCAGUGCUAAAGAAUAUAUUUGAAGACGAAGUGAGCAUAGCAUUUGAAAACAACUGGACAGCAGAGAGAAGAGUUCCAAUUAAUGUUGUUCGUCUUCCACCCGAAGCCUCAAGAGAAGUGCUAGAACUUAAGGCUGAUGAUGAGGUCGAGGUGUAUUCAAGGUCAUUUGAAGGUGAACCUUGCGGAUGGUGGAGAGCCAAAAUACAAAUGGUGAAAGGGGAGUUCUUUGUCAUAGAAUAUACAGGCUAUGACGCCACGUACAAUGAAAUAGUACAAGGUGAUAGGCUGAGGCGGAUAAAUCCAAAUGGGUGUUUGAGCAAAGAAAGUAUUCAUAGAGCAGUUGUCAAUGUACCAACGGAACUCAGGCAAUUUUGUAAAGAUGCGUCAAAUCACAGGGAUUACGUGAAAGCCACCGGAGCUCUCCUGGUUACGUAUAGCGAGACCGAUAACGCAUUGGUUGUCUUUGCUACGUCGGCACAGGGUUUGAAGAAGGCACAGAUGCUGAGUGACAUGCACAUACGGAACCUUCGAGAGAAGAUUCUGAUGUUGUCAAGGGCGGAAGAAGCAGCACAGCAACUGGAGGUGUCCAAGCAUCAAACGGAUGGGCACAUGGAAGAGUUCUCGGUGAAAGAAGAACUGAUGGGUCUGGCUAUCGGUAGCCACGGUGCUAACAUCAUGAAUGCCAGGAAGAUCGAAGGCAUCAAGAGGGUCGAUCUGGAAGAGAACACAUGCACGUUUAGAGUGUAUGGAGAAACCCAUGAAGCAGUAAUAAAAGCAAGAAGUAUGUUAGAAUUCUCUGAUGAUUAUGUCACCGUACCAAGGCAAUUAAUAGGUAAAGUAAUAGGCAAGAACGGACGUGUCAUCCAGGAGAUUGUGGACAAGUCGGGGGUCGUUAGGGUAAAGGUCAAAGGUGACAACGAGAGAGGUCAGAUGGAGGACGAUGGGGUUGUUCCGUUUCUCUUUGUUGGGACCAAAGACUCAAUUGAGAAUGCCAAGAUUCUUCUUGAAUACCAUCUAGCACAUCUCAAGGACAUGGAAGACCUUCGAAUCCAAAGGCUACAGAUUGAUGAGCAGCUACGGUCUAUGGGCCACCCUUCCGGCGCCUACCCGCCCAUGGGCAGAGAGAGGAGAGGAGACAGGGGCUAUGGGUCAGACCAGUCGUUGGAGGAUUACGGGGGCUACAGAGGCAGAGGAAGGGGCAUGUCCGGUGGUAGAGGGAUGCCUGGAAGGGGGCGUGGAGGAAGGGGGAGCGGCGGAAGAGGGAGGUCAUUUACAGAUACAAGUCGUAGCGGAUCGGAGAGGGAAGAGCCAAGAUCAAAUUCCUGGGCUGAUAGAGCGGCGGUGUCGGACGAUCAGGGUUACAGACGUCAUGAUGAUGGGCCUCGCUACAGGAGGGGCACCGGUGGCAGAGGAUCAUUCAGGGGGCGGGGGAGAGCACCCUAUCGUGGGCGUGGUGGUGGUGUUGGUGGUGGGGGAAGACCUCCUGUUAUGAGAGAUUCCCAAAGACCUUCAUCACCCCUCUCGGAAACUGACGAUGAUUUCAGACGCGACCCUCGGAGGCGGCAGGACGAUGAGGAUGAUACUGUGUUGGAAGACACGACAACUGUCGAUGAAGAUGUCACUAAUAAUAAUGGAGCUGAUGACCAGCAGAGUAAGAGGAGGCCUAAGAAGCCUAGGAAGAGGAAACCAAGGGGUGUUAGACCGGGCGGUGACAAUCAGGAAGACACCGACACCAGUAAGACAGGAUCGCCUCAGUUCAAUAGAAGACCAUCAGGUCCAAGAAAUCGACCCAACGGACAUCCUGGUAACAGUGGGCGGGACGACAACUCUGCAGGGGAGCAACGAAGGUCCGCAUCCCCGCGCCCCGACACGAACAUGCCCAACGGUCGCGCAUCAGGAAAUGGCAAACCGCCCCCACAAGAGCAAAGAGGGGGAGGCAGAGGACGAUCCAGUCGCAGACCGAAGGGCGGGCCCACGACGAACGGGAACGUGACGGGCAGCGACACAGAGCGCGUUCCUGCUAAGGGCAAGCAAGGGAACGGAGCCUGCAACUCCUCUCCACAAGAACGCAAAGAAGGCCUGACCAAUGGUACUAUCUGAAGUUCGUAAUCGAAGCGAGUUCGAGAGUGAGUGAAGGAAGUGCGUUUACCGCCAGUUUCAAAAUUAUGCAAAUUUGUGAGGAUUAUGACAAAUCUGUUUCUACUGAAUUUUACUACUUACAGUGACUAUGAUGAAGAUUUUGACUGAUGUUUUUUUUUUCUCUGCUUUGACUUUAAACUGAAGAUUGACCUUUGUAAUGUGAUGUAUUUUGUAUUCAUGAUAGAUAUGUUUUCAUGUAGUCCCAAAGGUUGAAUUUUGUGCUGCCUCUGCCUACCGUUCUGGUCACGUAACACCACUGCAUGGUGAGAAGCAAAAAUGCAAGGAAGGAUUGAAAUUCAGGUAUUGAAGAUCCAGGCGAUGGGAGAGCCAUUAGAUGCCGCUGAGUUACUUACAUGAUGCUUUAUAAAAGCUGAUAAUAAAGCAAGACAUCAAAUUAUAGAUACAAAAUAGCUUGAAAGAAAUUUCUGGCAAAGCUUUUUACAAAGAAAUGUGUUCCUGGCAAGGAAUGAACUGCCCUAUACUUUGCAUAGGCAUUGCCAAGAUCUAGUAACAUCACAAUCACUGUGAUACUUCUUGAAUGCACAAUGAUGAAAGGGAGCGAGGAUAUGCUCUACUCAACAUUGCUAUUUCAAAGUAACCUCUGUGUGAAAAGGCCUUGUGCACAUCAAAUCCACUCAGGUGAUGGCAUGGUUGUAAGCUCCAUAGAAAACCGUCCUGUACAUGAAAUGGUCUAUCCUUUUUGAAGGAGAUGGUUCAAACCAAUCACUAACUUUGUCUUGUAUAAGCAAUCAACAUGCAGCAUACUACAAUGCUUCUAAGCGUUGCAUAUUUUUACCCCGGCUUUACUAGGAAUACCCUGAUCGCCUGAACAGUUAGACCCCGUUCUCAUUACACUUUCUAAAACUAGUUUACUAGAAACCGAUUCAGGAAACCAGUGUGGAAGAUUGCUUUGCUAGAGUUCCCAUUUGAUCACCUGAAAGUGGUUUUCAAAAUCACUUAACUUAAAGCGAUCUUGUUGCCAUGGGAACGCUCUCAGUGGGGUGACAUAUUUCAAGAAAAAUUCGAAAUCACAGCGUAGGCGUGCUACACACAGUGUGUGGAAUAGCGUGCUCUAAAUGUGCAAAGAUCGCUUCCCGACGAACAGUUGUGUCCUCACGCUAAAACCAGUCUAACGAAGCAAAGCGAUCUUGAAAACUAUGUCGCAAGGUGGUUUUUAUGAACCGGUUGGGAAGAUCACUUCCAAGAUCGCUUCGACCAUUCUCACUACACGUUAAACUAGUUUCCACUAAACUAGUUUUAGGAAGGGUGUCUUAUUCUGCACUCUUUAUGCAAGUGAUUUCAUAUGGUUCUGGUCAUAGUUUGCUGGAGUGUAUACAUUGUGCAUGCGCAUUAGUUUAAUGGAGUAUACCAAAGAUAUACUGAACUCGCUCCCACUACCGGUAAAGAGCCUGUCACAAACAAGGAAGAAUGCAAAACAAGCAAUGGAGAAAUCCGCUUCUAUACACCCCAGUCGCACCUACGAAACCGAUCCCAAACCAACUGAUGCUAUGCCAUUGGAAAUAACAUGAUGUAUUUGGUCGGUCUGGAGUCGGUUUCAUUGGAGUGACUUGAGCAUUAGGAAAGGGUCAUGAAAUGUAUCAACGAUUUGCUAGUGAUAAAUUAGUCAUAUCCAAGAGCUCUCCAGACCUGCCAACUGUCCUGAUUUCAACUUUCAAAAUGACCAAAAAUCGGGUUGUGCUGAUUUCUGAAAUGUCAUGUGAGAGAAAAUACAUUUUGGGAAAGUCGCUAUAGACCCCUUCAUGCUCCUAAGUUCUCAAUACAACUGAAAUAGCCUGGUCCUUGUAGGGUUUAAGUUGCCAAAAUACAGGAAUUGCAGGGGAUCGCCUACUUGACAUAAGCAUGUGGCUCAGCUCCUGGAGACUGCCCAGGAUUAAGUCGGCGUCUUGGAACCCUGGCCAGUGGUUGUCUAGAUUUCUAAAUGUUUGCAGGUAUGACACUGUUCUCUACACCUUUUCAUAGUCAAUGAUAAUUUCUGUAUUAUUUCAAUACCUAAGAAUAUAUCUUUCAUUCUCAUGUGACUCGAGGUUGACGAUCUCAGUAACUGAGGUCAGACGAUGAAUACUGCUUCCUGUUUGAAGGUCCUUGCUGGUUUGGGGACGUCUCUCUAUUCUUCCCAACCGCUUUUCCCCGCUGAAUAAUGCCAAACGUUUGAGGACAUCAACUAUCCUGAUUCUUGCUCUCAAUCUUGUUCACCUUUGAUCCUGUUCAUUUUGUCCUCUGCCAUCUCCUGAGCUCGAGUAUCAAUACAAUGCAUUUAUGCACAAAGAGAAAUGUGUAGCGUGCAAUUCAUUGGGAUUUUAUGUCAUUUCUUGUUAAAAGAAAUUGUCUCUUUCUUUUUACACAUGUGGUGGAUAAAGGUGAGAGUACACUUUUCAAUACUUUUGUAUUUAUAUAUAUCAAAUCAGUGCAGUUUACAAUCUCCAAAAAUCACUUUUGUAAUCAUUGGCACCGUAACCAAAGCACAUCAUGAACGAUCGUUUGUCAGUAUUGUUUUUGUAUAUGAGAAAUGAUUUUAAUUAUGAUUGCGUUCUGUAUUGUCUACAUGAUGAUGAUGAUUAUUCAAAAUUCUGCAUUUCUAAGAUGAUUGUUCGAUUUAUGCACGUCAUUAUUGAAAUUGACUUUGGCUUGAUGUUGGGGUUUGCAUACUUUCUGCAUUUUUUUUUAUAGAUGUGAUUAAAUGCUUUAGACAGCCAGCAGUGAUUCUCUUUUGUACUGGAUCACGAGAAGUAGUCUUUCAUUUUGUUUUCAGUCUACAUGUUUUUAGUAUCUUGGUAAUCUUGUUUUAUUAUCAGGAAACAGACAAACAGAGCUUGGAGUCGGGUUAGAAAUCCGAGAAAUUAGAUUUUUGAUCGCUUGUAAACUCCAAACAGACCUGUUUAUUAAUGAGAUGAUUAUUGUUUAAGACUUGAAUUAUCGAUGAAUGAUUACUAUUAGUUUCGCAUGCAUGCAGUCUUCCUUUUAGUGUAGGAUUUUUUACAGGUAUAAUUUUGGAAUGUAUUCAGUUUUAUUCAGUUAUUUAUAUUAUUUAUAUUAUUAUUAGUUGUUGUUUGUAGUAUUCUUUGAUAUGACAAUCUUUUCAACUACAUGAAAAUGCUGUGCAGUUAGGCACUUCUCGGUUAUUUCACCACAGAAAUGAUGUAGCAAGCGGGAAAAUUUGUUAUAUCAAGGGUAACAAAAAAAAACAUCAGCAGUACAAGUGUUUCUGAUUUUUAUUACAGGCUGAUUGGGGGUCAAAAAUUUGUGAAAUACAAAUGUCAAAUAUACUUUCUAUUGUGCUACAUAUUGACAGUACAGUCGACAAAGUAGCCUGUAAUUUAAUACCAAUUUUUCAUAUCAAUCGUGCAACGGAUGUACAUGUAUAUUACAAUAUAGCAUGUGUGUGUUUCACCUAAGCUUACACAACAGUACUUAUCAUGCAUGAUUUCAUUUUAAAAGGAUAAAAAACUUCUUGCUAUGUACAUCAUGUACAGUUUUUUUUUCAAUAAUGACUCUAUGUGAAAGAUUGGUGUUUGUUUAUUGCUGCUAUUUUCGCAUGACCUAGCAUGAGGAAGUCUUAUUCGACAAGUACUACCUUUCUGACUUAAAAAAAACUGACACAUGAAUAGAAUGAAGAAAAGUUUAUAUCAACUUGCUGAAAUGUAAACCAGGGGCCUGUAACACAAAGUAAUGAAAUCAAUUGUAAAAUGGCAAUAUAGCCAUCCAAGAUCAUUGUUGCAUGCGUAUGAUAUUCAACUUACGAACUAUUAACUUAAGCCCCUUUCACAAUUGGUGUUGCGACUGCUUACAACCGUUGCGAUUCUGUGCAAUAUAUAUUGUGACCAAAUGAUCGCAAACGGUCGCACGAGCAAUUGUGAAAGCCCCUUAAUGCGAAUGCUUUGUGUUAAAAUUUGCGAUUGAUCGCAACUGUUUGUGUCAUGAGGCCUAGAAGAUUUUGAUACACAAGGACAUGACAUCUGCUGAUAUCAACAAGAGGAAUUUGAGAAAGGAUGUGAGUUACAUGUAAACAAUGCCUGCAUAUACAAACGUACUAUGAGCUUAAAAUGCAUGAGUUGUGAUGCAACAUUAGUGCAGUCAGGGACUUGUCAGCUUGCAUGGAGAGUGAAAGUUUACACCGGACUCUGUAAAAAGGCACUGGCGAUAUCUGCAACAAAGCUACAUUUACAUCGUUUAAGCAAAGCAAAGUAACUUUUCCCACCAUUCUUGUGCUUGCCUCAGGGCAAGUUCAGGGCAUCGUCAGGCUUGAGGAACUGAAAUGAUGACUUUACACUGAUGAUGUGACACCUCUAUCACAUUGAGUGAUUUCAAGUUUGGUGUUGGUGUUAGGUCAGUUUAAUGUCAGCAUAGCUACAAAUUUAAAAUGCGUCUGGUACUGCAACAAAGGUGUUGAGUUAUUAAUAAUGUGAUCUGGGGCCUGUUGCAGAAAGAGUUGUGUUUAAACGCUAGUCAAUAUAUCAAGCGCAAGUCCUGAAUACGGGUGCUUCAUUGGCUGAAAAUCAAGUUGCGCAAGAUUUUUUAAUUUGCGUUUGAUCGCAACUUUCUGUAACGGGAUAAUUGUUGUAAUUAUUUUUUUUUUUUUUAAUUUCACUGCAAUUUCCCUGUUACCAUCUCUAAAUGAUAGGAUAUGGUGUGUACAGAUCAAGAUGUGAUGAACGUGAUCUGUUCUUUUUUCCUCUCUUUCUCCUGGUUUCUCCUCCCUUUCUCUUCUCUAUUCGAUCCAGAUAUAUCAUUACAUCUUCACGACUUACUUCCAUUUACAUUUGUCUAGUUUCCUUCUUUCUUUUCGCUCACCUACCACUGCAUUCUCCUUUUUCUCCACCGAAACUUUUUUCUAAGAUCACAUAGUUUACAUAUUUAGAUUUGUGUAUCAUUUAAGGAAAUAUUACGAUACUUUGUAUGAGAAGUUUAUAUGUAACUUGCAUGUUUGCAAAAUUGAUCACAAUUCGGCCUUUGGCUGCAGUGAUCUGUAAUAAAUGAUUUCAUCUAUCUACAUGUACAUGUAUCUAUCUAACUCAGAAUAGGUUUUUAGCAAGGGGUAGCAAUAUUAAUUGUGCUUCUAACAGACUAACAACACCAACACCACCACUGAACUUGAAAUCGCCCAUUAUACUACAUGUACCUUUUGGUCUCGACUUGAUUCCAUUCUGUUUGAUAGACAACACCUGUUACUUAAUAAUAAUUGGAUUUAUUGACUGCUUUUCCAGAGGAUACUGUUCUUACCCUGGCUUGUGCACUUAAGGAAUUUAUCCUGUACUUGCUCACCCCUCCAGGUUGGUGUUUUAUAAAGAAGAUGAUCGUAGGUGCCAAGUGAGCUACAUUGGGAUAGUGUGGCACAAAAAAGGUCACUAGUCGUGCGUAAAGUCUUGCGUAAUUUUACGAACAGCUUUAUGAAGCACCCACUUGGGUUGAGUGCAGCACAAUGUGGAUAAGUUUCUUGCUGAAGGGAAGUGCCCGAAUGGUGUGGAAUUCCCCCAAGGAAGCUGACAAGCCGCCGACUUUUAAAGAGCUUCAUUAAACAAGAUAUCAAGCGCGACAAGGAGCGGUGGAGAUGAACUUCAAUCAAAGUACAUGUAUGUGCAAACCAGGGGAGUGUUUCAUGAAAUACAUAUUCAGAGAUUUCCACUGAAAACUGUUAAAAGCUACUGAAAUGCUUGCAUCUGAUUGGCUCAUACCAACUAAGU